UAGGCAGCUUUGACAGGGCGAUUGAGAAGGGUAAAUAUUGGGAAGAUGAAUGGUUGAAGUCAGUUGACAUGGAUGGUGCUUUGUCUAUAACUUACUUACCCAAUGAGAUAAUAGAACAUAUCCUAGAAAGUGAAUGUUUAACGGCGAAAGAUUUAUGCAACUUUGAAGCAACAUGUACCAAAUUCAGAAACCUACUCAUCAACAACAAUAAGCUGUGGAAAAUCAAGUUUCAUCAAUCGUGGCCACGACUUGUCUGCAAUUCGAAACGGCACUAUGUUGCUGAUUGGAGAACGGAGUUUAAAACCAGACUCCACUUUGGGUGGAAGGUUAGACAACUGUUAUCACAAAUGUCUGCAAAGUUUUACAAAAAGGAGGACAUUUCUCAUGCACAGCUGUCAGAUUUUUGGGCUUUGCUGGAACAUCAUCCACAUGCUUAUCCUUUCAUGAUCAGUGAACUGAUGCUGAUACUGUAUGACCAUAGUGUUAGCACAGAUCUGACUUUGAAGUACUAUGCUGAGAAGGUUACUCGCUUGGUACGCCAAGCACAUUUGACUAAGAAGUGGAAGAAUUUCAUUGCAUUACCUCCUGAGCGCCAGAUCCUGGAGCGUGGGGCAACAAUGGUAGCACAAUGGUGUCAACCUCUUAUAGAGGUUCCAUACCAGUCUAUUGCUACACAGCUUGAUUCAAUAGCUGCUCGUGCUAAAGAAGUAUUGCAAGAAGAACACCCGAAUCAUCCCCUUUUAUCAGCAUCUGUUGAGGACCUGCACCGUUUCCGGGAGUGCAAUAUUCCAGAUAAUCAGUGGAAGCCAAGUGAAUCACAAGAAGUCCUCAGUGCUGUAUGCCAUGUUCUGUUCCAGGAGAUGGGAUUCCAUGGCAACAGUACAAUGUAUUAUUCUGCAGAUAAUUCUUACAUUGACAAGGUACUGCAAGUAUCGACGUGGCAUACCCAUUACUCUUAGUAUUCUGUUUGAAAGUAUUGCGAGACGCCUGGGUGUGAGGUGUGAACCAGUUAGUUUUCCUGCACAUUUCUUAUUGCGAUGGAGAGAUCAUUAUGGAACUGAUACUGCACCAGAUGGUGGUAGCCCAGUCUAUUACAUAGAUGUCUUCAAUGGUGGACAGUUCCUCACAAAGCGCAGCUGCCCUCGGUACUCAUCAGACGUCCCCUGUCCCAUGGGAGGACUUACCUUUCAAGCUGCUACUGCUCAACAG